CUCGCACAUGCGCUGUUUGCUCGCCAUACUAACAACAGUAAACACACAACACGUCCAUGAGUAACGUUAACGCUGCUGCUGACCGCCAUUAAGCUUGACUAUUAAACGGCCGCAUAUCGGUGUGGCUAUGGGGAAGUCCUUCUCCCUCUUUGCUAAGCAUUCAUGCAGCGGCGAUAGAACUCUUCUGGAAGAUGAGGCCAAGGAUGAGGACGGUGAAGGGAAGGAUGUGUCCCAGUUCCCCUAUGUGGAGUUCACUGGGAGGGACAGCGUCACCUGCCCCACGUGUCAAGGGACUGGGAGGAUUCCCAGAGGCCAGGAGAAUCAGCUGGUUGCAUUGAUUCCAUACAGCGACCAACGGCUGAGACCCAGACGAACGAAGCUGUAUGUGACGGCCUCGGUGCUGGUGUGUCUGCUGCUGUCCAGCCUGGCCGUGUUCUUCCUGUUCCCCCGCACCAUCGACGUGUCCCACGUGGGGGUCAAGUCGGUGUUCGUCAACUACGACCAGGAGAAGCGCAUCGUGUACCUCAACAUCACGAACACCCUGAACAUCACCAACAACAACUACUACUCCGUGGAGGUGGCCAACAUCACGGCCCAGGUGCAGUUUGCCAAGACGGUGAUCGGAAAGUCUCGCAUCAACAACAUCACGGCCAUCAGCCCGCUGGACAUGAAGCAGAUCGAUUACAUGGUGUCGACGGUUCUGGCGGAUGAGAUGAGCUACAUGUAUGACUACUGCACUCUGCAGUCCAUCAGGGUGCACAACAUCGUGGUCAUGAUGCAGGUGAUGGUCACCACCACGUACUUCGGCCACGCCGAGCAGGUGUCCAUGGAGAUGUACCAGUACGUGGACUGCGGUGGAAACACCACAUCUAACCACGGGAUGAGCAUACCGGCCAGCUUGUUCCAGCCUUCCCAGUGAACCCGUCCCCGUCCCCGUCCCCGUCCCCGUCACCGGCUGCAGCACUCCAUGGCCCCCCGGUGUCAUCAUCCUCCCUCAUCCUCUCGUUCAUUUAUUCAUUCGAUCCUCAACCCUGACUUAACGUUUGUGUUGGUCGUGCAGGCCCGUUGUGAAGGCAGCUGGCAACAGGAACCAAUAGAAAAGCAGGAUGAUUCUAAACUUGAACGCACAUACUAUUUUACAAGCUAGAGAGAAUGCACCUGAGGCUGCAAAUAAAUCCACGUGGCGUCCCUCCGACGACGUGCUUUGGGUAUAAACUACUGAUUAGCGCGUUCCAGCACAAAUUGAUAAGAUUGUUGAAAGGUUCGUUAUUCCAUUUUUGAGCCUAAAUAGAAUUGCACACUGGGCUGUUCAAGCAUAAAGCUUUUGUUUUUUGUUAACCUUGUAUAAGCUUUUCCCCUUUCUAGGGAGCACCUUGUUAACACACUUUCUAUGUUGAAGCUGCUUCAGCCUUGGGCUAUAGCUUUCGUUCAGCAGCUUGGUGGUUAUGUUUAAGUAUUGACGCCAGGGCCAUUAAGAUUUAACUCAAGCCUGUAUACUAAUAUUAUUAUUAUUAUUAUUAUUAUUGAUACGAGUGACUUAACCCAUUGGAAAGGAUGAUAAUCACUUUAAUUUAUGACUACUACUAAAACUACUUCAUUCACGUAAACGCGCGCAUGUCAACAUGCAUUGUUUUAACAUUUAUAUUUGAAAAAGGAAAGUAUUAUUUUUUUGUGUAGGAGUCUUAACCAAUUUGCUUCGGACUGGAAAUCACAUUUGUAUAUCACCUUUACAAGAUUGUACCAAGUUAAUAAUAUAUUAAAUGCACAUGGAUAAAUACCUUAUUUUCAUCUCAACAAGUGAAUGCCCAUGUAGCAUGUCAUUCAGUUUAAUUUAUUUAUU